AUGGUGCGAUCUGACCAGACCAACUUCCUACAAGAAGAGGCACUUGUCGGAAGAUUUGAUCCUACUGGCGCUGCUUGCGAAGUACGCCAACUCGCCACGCAGGAUGACACUGGCGGCUUGAGACCGGGGAUACUACUGCUGCGCGUUGAUGCCUUCCCACAUUUAUACCAUACAUUCGUUGCAGCUGCAAGUCAUGCAGGGAGAGGCAGCCCUCACACCGCAUUGGCCAUGGCUAGAGGCAUGGAGAAGUUCAAGCAUUCGUCAAGGAGCGCUUGCAUGUAUUUCUCAAAGGCCGUGUUCGAAGCUGUUUGGGGUUGGCUGAGCUUUGGCCAGGCGCAGUCCAUGCACAAGCUUUUCGAUCUGCUCGAGGACUUCGUGCCAGCUUUUCUGGAGACUGUGGAUGCCAGUGACUUCGGCAUUUUCCAGGAGCUGGAUGGUUUCCAUUAUGGCCCAGUGGAACGGAACACCUGCGUCUCAAUCCACUGCUUCCUGGACAAGAUCCAGGAGCACUUCCCGUCAAUUCGACAUGCUGCGCUGCUCUACAAUGCGCACUUGGUCUACACCAACCUGGCCUUGAGUGACAUGAGGGUGCUCUAUUCCUACUUGGUGUCCUUCAACGGCGCCGUCUCCAGCCACAAGUUGAACAGACCGCCUUUUGGCAGGAUCCCCACAGCUGCUUCGCAACCGGGCGGAGGCAGCUCCUCGUUUGGCAGGGCCUUCCUGCUUUCCGAGGAGGAUGUUCGCUCUGCGUGCUGUCUGCGGUGGUCGGGCUUCUUGCGAUCGGCUGCCCGGGGAGUUUUCCAAGUCUCCAUCCUGGCGCAUGGCACCGUCACCGUCAUGGCGGCCGAGAAAGCCACUUCCGGCCUGGAUCUGGAUCUACAGGCGGUUGAAAACGUUCCACGAGACACCUUGGUAGCCCUUCUUCGACGGAAGGACAAAGAAGUGAAGACACAGCAGGGCAAGCUUGAGAAACUUGAAGAAAGGUAUGUCAAGGUUGUCCGCUUCAACAAGAUCCUCAUGGAGGAUCGUCAAUCCUUCCAGCGGUUCUGUCACGAGCUCCUUCCCGAAUGUGAUGGAGCUUUCGAAGAAGCAGCUGCACAAGAAGCGCCAACGGAUCUGAAUGAGCUUCUUCGACAGCUGGCAGUGUGGAGGCGCGGAGCCGAGGCCGCCAGCGAGGACCGAAAGGUCUUCCAGCAGUUCUUGACGCUCGUCUUUCCUUCCGACGAAGUUGUUGCGGACUUGCUCAAGAGGCCCUCGCUGGGUGAGGAAGCCUUAGAUCGUUUGCAACAACGGUGGAUGCAGUUGGAGGACUUGCACAACCAGUCCCUAGCCAGCUUGAACGAGAUGGCACGGCAGCAGGUGGCUGACAAGUCAUCGGAGAUUCAGGCAUGUCAGAAGGCACUGCGCGCUUCGGAGGCCCAAGUUCAGGAGCUUCGGCUGUAA